UCGCCCUGCGUUACUGUGCGCCUCUGAUGCAGGGGGAGCCAUCAUGGCGUCGAUGCAGAAGAGGUUACAGAAGGAACUGCUAGCCUUGCAGAAUGAUCCGCCCCCUGGAAUGACUUUGAAUGAGAAGAGUGUACAGAACACCAUCACACAAUGGAUUGUGGAUAUGGAAGGAGCCUCUGGUACUCUUUAUGAGGGGGAGAAAUUUCAGCUUCUUUUUAAAUUUAGUAGUCGAUAUCCCUUUGACUCACCUCAGGUAAUGUUCACAGGAGACAAUAUACCUGUCCAUCCUCACAUUUAUAGCAAUGGCCACAUUUGCCUGUCCAUCUUAACAGAGGACUGGUCACCGGCUCUUUCAGUGCAAUCUGUCUGUCUUAGCAUUAUUAGCAUGCUGUCUAGCUGCAAAGAGAAGAGACGACCUCCUGAUAAUUCCUUUUAUGUACGGACGUGUAAUAAAAAUCCAAAGAAGACAAAAUGGUGGUAUCAUGAUGAUACCUGUUAAUACGAACUUUCUAGAACUCCUGGAGGAAAGAAGUCCUACUGACCUAUUAAAGCACUUUUUUAAAUCAUAUGGUCUCUGAACUUUAACCUUGGACUCAGACCACAAGCAUGGACUCAGACCACAAACAUGGGUGAUGAUCUCAACUGCAUUAUCAUUAGCCAGUUGGAUGCAUGUUUGGGAAAAAACAGAUGAAGAAUGGAAAAUUGAUUUUAAAGUGGAUGGAAAUGAACCCAUCAUGGGUUAGUGUGGGAAAAAUUAAGAUUUAUCCAAGAAAAAGGAACUUUUUGUAGUGAGAUGUCUUGGACCACAAGUGUUGCUUUUAAUUUUUACUGCUGGCAAGUUUUGAGGUCCAUGUGUCUCGUUCAAUAACUAGGAAGGGUCCAUGGCUGGGCCAACAAUGAAAAAUCUAAAUCAAAAUGUUGAAAAAUUGUCUGGCUCAGGUAACUUUUCAAGGACAAAAAAAAAAAAAAAACAUCUUUAAAUAUUCCUAAAAGAUGUAUUUUCAGUUUAAUUAGCCUAUAUUUUCUCCUAAAGGACUGUUACAUAGUUUAGGAAAAAAAAAAAAAAAUAAAGAAAAAAAAAAUCGAGUGAAUAUAUAUCUGAUUUGAUGCAUAUAACUCGUAAAAUUGCAAGUGAAAUUUGUUAACUUGGCAGCAUGGUCUAUAUCUAAAUAGACAAAAUAUGUUAUUGCAGAGCACAUAUUUAAUAAUAGUUGGAUCUUCUGCACUUUUUUCCCCCUCAAAAUUAUUUUUCUCCUAAUGAGUGUUGCUAGAGUCAAAGAUUCUUAUCUUUUGUGUUUGCUGGGACAAAAAGCCCUUUCAAGAUAUUCCAUCCCCAACAAUUGUAUAUGUUUGAUGUACGGUAUUCAGUCUGUAGUUUUCAUACCAGGGGCAUCUGGCCCUCUUCAGCCAGUCAUGGCCCGUUCGGCAUAACACGACAGACCAUUUCGGUUUAUCGCCACCUGUGUGGCCCCAUUCGGCCAUAUUUCGCAGUCGGCCCACCUGGAAAAGUCCCGGUUCUCUCUAUGGCCAGUCCGCCCCUGUUUCACACUGUUUAUCAGCUUCAUACACUCCAAAGAUGUAUUUCAUAGCCAUCCAUUCAGAAAUACUUGAAUAGUCCAAACUUGGUUGGUUUGUCUUCUUUUCCAUUGUCUGUGGUACAGUGUACUUAGACUUCUAAGUGAAUGUGUUGGUGUAGGAAAAAAUGGAGAUGGCCAUGGCUUUCUUUUGCACACAAUAUCAGGAUGCUUUAUUAUAUGUUAAACAUGUAGUUGUCUAUACUACUGAAAGAAAAUGUGUACAAAUUGCAACAGGGCUAAACUGAAUGUGUGAUUUGAGGCUGAGAAUAAUUGUGGUAUGACACCUGUCAUCAUAUAAGAGGAAAUCAAUAAGUGUGUAUGCACUUAUGGUAAUGUAGACUUGGCUGUUAAAAGAUGUUGUUCUUUUGUUUGUUUGUUUUCUAAUGAAGGGUUUAUUUAAAAUUUGGUUUGCAAGGUAUAACAGGGAAAUAAUCAAAGGUGAGGUUUUGUUUUUCUAUUUCUUUAUAAAAAAUUUUUUUUUUUUUGGUAUGUACAAAUUAUGUAAGCUGUGCCUGUUAAUGUAAAGAAUAAAACAGGUUUUGAGUCAGUUUUAA